ACUGCACGGUCGGACUAGGAAAGAAAUUCCAGCGGGAGCUUUUCUGCUGGGACUGGCCCCGUUUAAACUUUGAAAACUUCGUGGAUGUUUUGACGGUACACUGACGUGGUGACCAACUUGAUGGCCCACCAGAAUUUGUCCCGGUAGUCCUAAUGGCCAGUCCGACUCUGGUGGAGAGACCUCAGAGAGUUGAAAGUCUUGGAGACGGAUGUGGAGGUUGCUCUGUUUCUGCUCGACAGAUUGUAGCAGCGUGUGGAGAUGAAGCUGAAUGUGUUGUUGUGGGUCGUGGCUCUGCUCGGUGUGUUCCUCCCUCGUUCUGCUGACUGUCGACCUGCCGGUGCUCAUGCCGGUCAACACCUCCUCCUCCCCAGACCACUGCUCCUCCGCCUGGGGGAGGAGUUCUCCCUCCAGCUGGGCGGAGGUGGACUUUCCUCCUCUGCUGCUGCAGCUUCUCCAGACCUCCCGUCCUCCUCAUCAUCGUCCUCAGCGGUGAACCGGGCUCUGCUGCAGCUCACACAGCAACUCCUGCAGGCCCACGUGGAGCAGCACCGGCGGCGGCAGGAGGAGGAGGAGGUGGAGGAAGAGGAAGAGGCUGGGGAGAAGGGGAAGAGGUCGGAGGAGCCUCCCAUCUCACUGGAUCUGACCUUCCACCUGCUCAGGGAGGUCCUGGAGAUGGCCCGGGCCGAGCAGAUCGCCCAGCAGGCCAACAGCAACCGCAAAAUGAUGGACACCUUCGGAAAAUAA